AGCUUCGCUUACCCAGCGUCAGUGUUCUCCGGCCUCGCAGAUACGAUGGGCGCCGACAAGCCCAACGGCGUGGUCAACUACUGCCGAAGACCACCACAGCGGCCCUUUCUGCAAAGAAUCCAGUAUGGCAUCUGGAACCCGGAGGAACGAACCUUCUUGGGACGAACGCCGCAUCGAUGGGGAGUGAUAGGCCUGAUCUACCUGGUGAUGUACAUCUGCAUCAUCAUCUUCUUCUCCAUCUGCAUGUGCGGCCUGAUGGCCACCAUGGACGACAAGAUCCCCUACUUCACGCUCGCUGACUCCAUUAUUGGUGCUAACCCCGGUAUGGGUCACCGGCCACUGCUGUUUGAGGAGGGGGCGCUGAUCUGGUAUCACGCUGACAACGAGACACAAGUCAAGAAGUAUGUUGACAAUAUCAACGAGUUUCUUGCACCUUACAACAACAGAACGCUACUCCCCAACCAAGGUGACAACCAGCUGGAGUGCGGCGACGUGAAGCCACCACGAGCUCAGGUGUGCGCCUUCGACACCAGCAGCUUCGGGCCCUGCUCCAGCGAGAACAACUUCGGAUAUGCUAACAAAACUCCCUGUUUGAUUAUUAAGCUGAAUAGGUUAUAUGACUGGAACCCCGACUUCUACGAUGAUCCCGGCGACUUACCCCCUGAUAUGCCGCCUGACAUAAAGAACUAUAUUGUCAACGCGACUGCUAAGCAACGUCGCAAAGUAUGGGUGUCAUGCAUGGGCGAGAGGCCAGCUGACGUGGAGGCUCUCGGUCCUCUCCGGUAUUACCCGUACCCUGGCCUGCCGGAGACGUACUUCCCGUAUGACAACACUCCUGGCUAUCUGAGCCCGCUGGUCGCUGUGCAGCUUUUGAAUCCUACAUUGCAUCAAAUAAUAAACAUCCGUUGCCGUGCGUGGGCGCGUAAUAUCGUGUACACCGAGAGUCUGAAGGAGCGCCUCGGAUCUACUCAUCUUGAGAUUAUGAUCGACUGAAAUGGACCAAUUUGUGGGGAGGGAGGAGUGUUGAGGAGUCUUAGUAGGAUUACUAGUUCUCGACAAGUAUUUUUACUACUGCCUUCAUUUAUGUCAUUGAUUCAACCAACGAUAGGCAUAUCUGUGGAUUGAAACAACCAUCGGGUCGGUAGUUUGCAGUGUGUGAAGGAUCUAAAUGUUUGUACUUAAUUAAAGAUUUUGUUAUAAUUACUAUUUCAUCGUCUUUGCAUUCAUUUCAAUAUACAUAGAUUCUUGAUAGUACUUACCUACAUAAAACACUGAAUCUUUGUUGUUUUAGUAUCUCUCCAGUCGACUUCUCAACACGGAUUAACACUCCCCCAAUUAGCACUAAUUACUUAAUGUGUCUUAUACGUAUACAAGGUAGCAAAAUACAUACUAAAUUAAUGUCAUCUAGAUCAAUUUUAUUAUACUAUUUUUAUAUUAUUGUGACCAAUACAUAAAAGAAAACAUAUAAGUAAAGUAAUUUUUUAAAAAGUUCAAACGAAUUAGCCAUUUGCUAGUUAUAUUUAUAAACAUAAGUCUAUUCAUAGCAGAAGCUAAGUCAAUGCAUAUUUUGAUAUAUUUUACAAAUCAGUUUUUAAUAUCAUUAUGUGUAUUAAUGUGUAUUUAAGAUGAAAGGAUAAAAGGAACAAACAUUGUACUUACCUCUUAAUAUUAAACAAUUAGAUUGUGUGAAGUUAUUUUUGUAAAUGAGUACUUAAAUAGAUUGUGACGUAUGUCUGUC